AUGAGGUCCGCCCUCUGGUCUGUCGCCUGCUUAGCCGGCAGCGUCUUGGCUGCUCCUCAAUGGGGAUCUAAUGAACCGAACGCGCAAGGAUAUGAGGGAAAGGGCUUUGGUCAUGAGCAGCCGGGCCACUAUGGAGCAGAGCGGCCCUGCACUACCUGCACUGACGAGGAGGCCAAAGCGAAUGUUGCGCCAUCCAGCUACGCUCACCCCGAACAGGCGGCAACAUCCUCCGCCCCUCCUACUCACUUCACUCACAGCCUUCCUGGCAGCUCGCCCUCAUACAGCGCCGCGGCCGCCCCCGCCGAGUACCCAGAGACCAAGGUCAUACAGAUUACUACUAUUGACCCCCCUGUCUCCUCAGUAACGCCCAUCAAGCCCGUCGCUUCACCAACUGGCUAUGCUCUAUCCGAGUCCAAGUGCGCCGCCUACGAUACGACCACUACCGAGAUCACAGCAGUCUACGCUACUCCCUACCCCGGAACCUCCACCGACGCUCACGGUACGGCCCACACUUACGAGAGGACGUCGACCGUCACGUCUGUAAAGACCCUUACUAUUGUCGUGUCCCAGCCAAGUGGCGUGGCCGGUUACGAUUCAGGCAAUGUUGGGUCCAGCAGUGAAGGUUCGGGCUCCCAAAAUGGCGGAUCAAAGAGUGGCAGCGCUGGCAAGGGAGCCUCAGACUCUCAGAGUGGUGGCUCUAGUAACGAAAAUGGUGGCAACGAUGGAUCGAGCUAUGGUGACUCUGGCGCUCUUUCCAUUAGUAACACCGAAAGCCUUCUGGUAGAGCCUUCCCAGAUCUGGACUACCAUACCUUGGGGCACGACCCUGUUGAGCUACACUAUCCCCGCGACCACAUCCACGUCUAGCGUCAAGACCUCUGCCACCUCCACUCGAUCUGUCACUGCUCCCGCUACCUACACCGGCUCUCCCACUAGCACUUGCUCGAAACCCACGGCGACCCCGAUGGUGAACGGCACGUUUGAGCACUGCGUUCCUUGCGAGGGCCAACCCGGCAGCGACCCAGAUAACUUCUGUGGAUACACCAUCCACGACAACUGGUACGAGGUUACUCCCAAGACUUGCCGCGUUAGGGAAUAUCACUUCGAGAUGACCAACAUCACCAUUGCUCCCGACGGUGUUCCUCGCAUGGGUCUCGUCAUCAACGGACAACUGCCUGGACCGAAGAUCGAGGCCAGCUGGGGAGACACCAUCAUCGUCCAUGUGAAGAACAGCAUGCCGAACAACGGCUCGACUCUCCACUUUCACGGCGUGAGACAGCAUUACACCAAUGAGAUGGACGGUGUCCCAUCGAUCACUCAGUGCCCUAUUGCUCCCGGCGACAGCUUGACCUACACUUUCACCGCCUCGAACUACGGAUCAUCCUGGUACCACAGCCAUUUUGCGAUCCAGACUUACGAGGGUAUCUUCGGACCGAUGACCAUCCAUGGACCUGCCGCCGAGGAGUACGACUUCGAGGAGACUGUCGUUGUCCAGGACUGGUCGCACGCAACCGUGGAUUCGAUGUACCAAGCUGCAGAGACUGUCGACGAUGGUCCGCCUGACCCCGACCCCAAUCACGGUCCUCGUACUCUCGAUACUGGCCUCAUCAACGGCAUGAACAUCUGGGGCAGCGAUGAGGGCUACAACAGCAACGGCGCUACGGGCCAACGCUGGGAGAUGAACGUCGUCUCUGGCAAGACCUACCGUCUCCGACUUGUCAACGCCGCCAUCCAGUCGACCUUCAAGUUCUACAUUGAUGGCCACAAGUUUAAGGUUAUCGCCAACGACUUCGUUCCUAUUGUGCCAUACGAGACGAACAUUGUCAACAUCAACAUUGGCCAGCGCUACGACCUCAUCUUCAAGGCUGAUCAGCCAAUCGGUAACUACUGGAUGCGCGCUGACAACCAGAAUGUGUGUGCUGUCAUCACUGAGGCCUACAAUAUUAAGGGUAUCGUGCGAUACGUCGGAGCGCUUCCACGUGCUGUGCCGACCUCCACUGCUUACAAUUACACUGUAGAGUGCGUUGACGAGCCGCUCGCUAGCUUGGUGCCAAUCUUUCCGCUUAACGCCGGCCCUGCAGCUGAUCAGACUAUCGAGAAGACCGUCGUUGUCGGUGUCACUGACGGCACUCCACACUUGUAUAAGUGGACCCUUUCCGGCACGACCUUCCAGUCGCAGUGGGGUGACCCGACUCUUUCUUCCAUCGUCAACAACGGAACCGUUCCCGACUAUUCUGGUAGCCUAGUCAUUGAAGUGCCCAAACUGAAGGAAUGGGUCUACGUAUGACAUGCCUAUCCCCAUUUGCUACGGACGUCUCACUGACAUGCUCUUCUCUUUCACAGGUCAUCAUCGACUCCCCAAUUCCUCUUCCCCACCCAAUCCAUCUUCACGGCCACGACUUCUUGAUCCUGGCUCAAGGCUACGGCAUGUACAGCAGCGAUGUUGUGCUGAAUACUGUCAACCCACCUCGACGAGACGUGGCUCUCAUGCCUGCGGACCCAGUUGCACGCACUGGUGGUUAUCUUGUCCUUGCAUACGAGUCAGACAAUCCUGGAGUGUGGCUCCUGCAUUGCCACAUCGGCUGGCACGUUGCCAUGGGCUUCGCUCUUCAGAUCGUCGAGAACCUUGAUGGCAUCCAGAAGACCGUGAAGGACUCAUGCCAGGCCGAAGACACAUGGUACGUAUGACCGCCACAUCAAGACAUCCGAAUGGUUGCUAACAACUGCUACAGCAAGGACUGGCACACCUACGCUCGCGACUUCAACAUUCACGAUCUAGACUCUGGUGUCUGA